AUGCUCGUCACCGCCGCCAACACCACGCCAUCACCGUCACCCAUAGCCACCACCGCCAACAUCGCUCCUCGAUCACCCAUGGCCACCACGACCACCAACAUCAACCACAACACCCUUCAACAACAACGCGGCGACGCCACGUCACGAAACAACGAGCGCCGUAACCCACGAAAACACCCAACGCCCACGAAAACAACGCCCCCGGACACAAAACGACACCCGACGGGCACAAAACGACGCCCACCGCCCAUGUACACCGCCAGCGCCCACGAAAACCAUACCCCGCCCACGAAAACAUCCCACCACCCACCGAAAAACACGAGCGCCCACCGAAAAACACGCGCCGCCCACCGAAAAACACGCGCCGCCCACUGA